GUUACUAUGGCAACGUCGUUAGCUAGUUAGCAAAGACUGUGUCAAAAAGUUGCAUUAUUUUUUCUUUUUAGCUGCUAACGUAUCAUUUUGUCCCUAAAUGUCCAUCACAUUGGAUAGAAAAUAAUAAUAAAGACCGAACUGUGUAGUUUAUUAGCAGUAAAUCUUUGAGAGGUGAAGAUGAGGACCGUAACUUCAGCCCGCGGCCAGGAGGAGACUGUGGCCGUGAGAAGGAGCGAGUCGGCGGACGCGGAGGGGAUUGACGGCCUCAUUAGCUCCUCAGCUCGGGCCGUGUUUGGAAACGUCAAUGUUAUCCACCUUCUAGAGAAAGCCAACCUGGCUGUGACUCUGGCCAAUGAAAAAGACGACAUCCUGGCUCACGCUUCCUUCUUCGAUCACCCCAUCGGAGACUUGGUGGAUCCGGCUCUCUGGGAACCAUUCCUGCAGAAACACUACAGCGCUGAGAAAUGCACACCUCUGAACACACUUUUUCUGCACCUCUUCGUGGCUGAGACAGAUUUUACUACAGCAGGUGUAAAGGAGAUAAUGAGGGCUGUGUUUAAUGCCGUCCCUGAGCUUCAGUACGUCUGCCUGGUCAGCCCAUAUGUUGGUCCUUUAGAGCCGGCGCUGGAGGAGAUGUUUGAGCCGAUGCAGAGUGUGAGCGACGCCAGGCCUCAGUGUUUAGCCUUGAUCAGCUGCAGAGACGAGCACAGUCCGCUGCUUCGUAUUCGCCCGGCCAGGGUUGAGGAUCAUGACGACAUCAUGCCUAUAUUUGAGGAGCAGACAAAGCUGCUGUCCAUCAUCCACCGGCCGUACUUCCUGUCAGAGCUCAUCGAGACCAAGAGGGACGACCACCACACGGCGGUUUGUGAGAUCGAUGGCGCGGUCGUCGGCUUCGUCAGCGUCAGCGCUGAAGUCGACGUGAAUCGACUCCGUAGCAGCUUUGAGUCGAGUGAGUUUGACGGUUUGUCCAAAGUUCAGCGACACAAACGAGACGAACCCGCUGCUCAGUCCGAGUCAGGAGGAGACGAAGACGGACAGGGACAAACCCAGAGCUCCUCCUCAGGACAGGAGGAGGUGAAAGCGACUGGGACAGAGAAACCCAGUAUGUUCUGUAUCCAGCUGUUUGUUAUGGACAAGAACCAUGAAACCAGAUCAGUGGACGUCAUUCCAUAUAUCUUCAAACGUUUCCCAGACCGGGACGUCUGCAUCAUCUCAGUUCCUACUCUGUCCCCUGAGUUCCCCUUGUUGAAGAGUUUUGUCAGGACCCCCCAGCGUCCCAGCAGGACGUCCCCCCAAGAACUCUACGUCUGCCACCGGUCUGGACUCCAGACUCUGAGGGUGAGACCGGCUGCAGCUCCAGACCGACCUGCUCUCUGGGAUCUGGUGAAGGAUCUGGUGAAGGAUCUGAGUCGGAGCCGGUCCCUGCUACAGGACCUGGACCAGUUCUAUGAGACCCGCAGUGACCCGGACGGAGUGGAGCUCCAGGCCUUCGUCUCCCUGGCGGAUGAUCAGGUCGUCGGGAUCCUCAUCAUCAAAGAUGAAGAGGACGUCGAGUACCUCCGCGCACGCUUCAACAUCGAGAACUUCAUCUAUUUCAGUCACCAUGGCUACGAGGAGCACGCUCAGAUCCUCCACUUCCUGCUCCGGCCGUCCUUCCUGUCCUCCUCCAGACACCUGCUGAAGGACGUCCUCCGUCUGGCCCACAAGUCCUGUCUCUACCACCGCCUCCACCCGCCCUACUGCAGCCAGGAGAAUUCCUGCGUCGUCCUCCAUCUGGACGUCCUCUUGAGCUGUGCCGUCCCCGUCCGGCCGAGACGCCAGAUCAUCUACCCGCUGGAGGAGCUGGGCGUCAACGCCCCGUCCACACGGCUCACGGGCGACCAGGCGCCGUUCGCCCUCAGCCUCAUCAGCAGGAAGUUAACCAUGGAGCCCAAGGUCACGGUCAACGCCAGGAUCGUGGUGGUGGGAGCGUCAGACGUAGGCUUGUCUUUCCUCGAGGUGCUUUGCUUCUGCCCUCACCUGAGGUUCAACAACCUGAGCCUGGUUUCAACGCACGGUUUCCCCGGCGACCACAACCACGAGGACGUCGGCUUUCUGUCCACAAGUCAUGCGUACAGCAGCAGAGACUUGGCUCAGAUCCCCGUGUCGUGCAGCGUUGGCGUCGUGUCAGGGAAGAUGGUGGCCAUCAACAGGAAGUCCAAAUACAUCCGGGUGUCCAGCGGAGAGAAGGUGUCCUACGACCACCUCGUCCUCUGUACAGGCCUGCAGCACCAGAUGCCGUGUCCCCGCGGUGCCGAUCUGAACCGUCCCGUCUCAUACAGCCCUCUGCAUCCUCGGCCCUCUCGCCUCCGAUAUACAGGACCCGUCCCAUCCAACCUCUUCACCCUCAACGACCUCCACGACUGUGUCUCUGCUCACCGAUGGCUGAAUGCCAACUUCCUGGAGCUGCAGGAUAAUGCCAUCGUCUACGGGAACUGCAUCGACGUCUACACCACCGUGGAGACUUUGCUCGGCCUCGGCAUCAGCGGUUCUCGUGUCCACCUGGUCCUCCCUCCUCCCGAGUCUCCCGGCGUCCCCUGCUUCUCGGACCCGGACAUCAAUAGAGCCGUGGCGGCGGCCAUGGAGAAGGCCGGCGUCCACGUCCACCAGGACUGCGUUCUGGCCCAGAUGAACGAUGGCCGACAUCCAGACCCUCUCACCUCGGUGUCGUUCACCACCAACGCCGAGCCUCUCCGGCUGCAGUGUGGAGUGUUUAUCAACCUCUCCAGUAAAGGAGUCGACUGGGACGUCCUCCAGAGCAUUAACAAGUCCUUCCUGCCCUUUGACAACAGACUCAUUAUAAACGCCAACUUCCAAACCAGCGACUCGGCCAUUUUCGCCGCUGGGCCUCUCACCGGUUUCUCUCCCCACUACCACACAGAGGAGUGGUCGCACGCCAGGUUCAACUCCAAGGAAGUGGGUCGGGAGCUGGCGGCGGCGUUGCUUCCCCUCUUCGAUCCGACGCUGGAGCCUGGCGACGAACCACCGCCGGGAAUCGAACGCCUCGUACCGCUGUACCAACAGCCCAAGGUCCAAGGUGGGAAGCUUCCUGGAGGAUAUAACUACCUUCACGUCACCAAACCAUCUUCCAUUGACCCGCCAGGUGCUCCAGUUAAACCUUUACGGGACAGCGGGAUUGUGACGGGACGAGUGGAGACAGGAAACUACUUCUGUUUGCAUCUGGACGACUUGGAGCUGGUGGAGACUCUGAUCUGUUUGUCCCUGAAGCCCCUCCCUGUCUCCAAUUACCUGAGUCUGUACGGGAAACACCAGCAGCUGCUGGGCCAGCUGUCGACCCGCUACCACCAAGGCCACAUCCACGACCUGUACAGUUUCUUCAGACAGAGCUGGUGUUUGGCAAUUUUCCACGACAGAUUCUCAGACUUCCAACAGGAACUUCAACAGAUCAACUCAGCCACACUCAAGGACGGUGAAUCGCGGUCGGUGACGGAGGAGGACGACGUUCCGGGCGUUGGUCUAACGUCCAGUUUUCCAGAUGCUGAUCGUGGAGCGUCUGUGAGGAGCAGCGCUGUCAGAUAUCUGACCUACAACCGGAACCUGCUGCCCAUGUUCGCCAGCCCAGGACAACUGUGACGCCUCAAAGAUAAAAACACCCUCAUUCACUUAUACUCACAUCAACGGGGAAACAAAUAAAUUACCAUGAUUCAUAAAUUCUGAACCUCAACAUGUAUCUGUCCACACAUUCAGUUUCUUUCUGAGUCAGUGAACUUCUAAUGGAUUAAGAGGAAGUCAAUGGACUUGGUUAGCUUAGCUUAGCAUAAAUACUGCAGCUGCUAAUGACGCUCUGGGUCAUUUCAUGAUACAUCGAGGCCUUUAAACCAUCCCAGUCAUGAACAGGACACAAAACACAUUCUUAAAAACCAUCAGAUUUUUAAUCUGCUCUGAACCUGACGCCAACGUGUUAGAUUAUCGCUUAUAAUGUGUAACAGGUUAAAAUGAACCCAGCUCAAAAAACUAUUUAUUGUUUAUCAUGCAGUUGUGUCAUAUCUACAGUGUAUUAAAUGUUAUUAUUUAAAGACUUUUUACCUUUGAAUCAACCACUAGUUUUUCAUCUAAAAU